AUGGCCAGACCCAAAUCUGACCUGAUGGAUGAACGAAAUGCGCCGCUCAGGAGUCAUCCGCUUGAAAAGACUUCAACUCAAGAUGUCAAGGACAAGGAUGGUUCCCGUACUGUCAUUAUUCCGCCGCGCGGAAGCCUGCUUGGCAGUGAGCAACGCGGCCGUUCUCAGGAACAGAGCCAGCAACGGAACCGAUCACUCAGUCCUUUCAAGCGACGAAAUCAUUCGGAGUUGCCUCCCAUUCAGACCAGUAGUCUGGGAGGGGCUAUUCCGAAAUCCUCCACUGGCCCUUUGAAUAAUUCAGACUCGGAUCUUAGCAAGGAGCGGCCUUUCCUGUCCAAGCUUCUUGACAAGUCCCCAUUCCAUUCGAACAAAACAACUGUUUUCGGGGAGGAAAAGCAGGAUGAUAGUCAGACGCAACACGACGCUGCCCAAGAAGCCAAGGACGAGGAAGAAUACCACAACUUUUGUGUCAGCUUGAACAACAGCCUGAACAAUAGCUUGGAGGACGAUUCUCCCAUUGAAAGGGAGCAUGAGUUUGAGCACUGUGACAGCAUGAUAGCCGAACAGAAAGAUCAAGUCCGACUGUUCCGUUCUAGUCUGCUUGCUGGCGCCAAGGCCAAGGAAGAUCGACGCAGCCGCUUCAAGCGGACUCCGACCCCCCCUGACCAUCUUCCAAUUGGUCCUGGCGAGGUUGCCGAAACUGAAAUUCAAGAUUCCAUCGUCAGCGAGAGCAAAGAAUGCGUCGUUGGUAUUCAAGAAAAUGACGACUUUUCUAUUCCCGAGACACUGAAACCAACUAUCUCUUUCCAGGAAGAGAGCGAAGAAUCUCUGGAUUGCCUCAUUGAAGAGCUGGAGGCUGAAGAUGGAAAGGAGCCUGAUGUGGAUGCAAUCACGAUCCGAGCUGGGGAAACCCCCCCAUACCCUGCUUCCCUGUUUGACACCAAGGUCGACGAGGGCCUGGAAGACGCAGAGGUAGCCGCUCGGCGCAAGAAGUAUGGCUGGAAUCGCAUGAAGGAACAGAAACGGAACCAUUUUCUCAAGUUCCUGUCCUUCUUCAAUGGCCCGGUCCAGUGGGUCAUGGAGGUUGCCAUCGUCCUAGCCGCCGGCUUGCAAGAUUGGAUCGAUUUCGGAAUAAUCUGUGCCCUGCUCCUAUUGAAUUCUGUGGUAGGAUUCGCUCAAGAAUAUCAGGCGGGCAACAUUGUCGACAGCCUAAAGAAGACUCUUGCCUUGAGAGCGCUGGUAAUUCGCAACGGUUGUAUGGUGGAGAUAAAUGCCGAAGAGGUCGUGAUUGGUGAUAUCAUUCACGUGGCAGAUGGAACAAUCAUCGCCGCAGAUGGUAGACUGGCAUGUGACGACGCCUACCUUCAGGUUGAUCAGUCUGGAAUCACCGGGGAAUCUCUCGCUGUGGAUAAGCGCAAAGGGGAUCCUAUCUUUGCUUCAUCGGUAGUCAAACGUGGGACUGGGCUCAUGGUAGUCACUGCCACUGGUGAUCGUACCUUUGUCGGAAAUGCAGCAGUUCUGGUGAACAAGGCUGGCAAUACUACUGGCCACUUCACUCGGGUCCUGCGUGAAAUGGCCCGGAUUCUUCUGAUUCUGGUGCUUUUCACCCUGCUCAUUGUCUGGAUCAGCAGUUAUUAUCGCUCGAAUCCGAUCGUUCAGAUACUUGAGUUCACGCUCGCAAUCACCGUGAUUGGAGUCCCCGUCGGUCUUCCUGUGGUUGUCACCACAACAAUGGCCGUUGGUGCAUCUUAUCUGGCCAAACACCAGGCUAUCGUGCAAAAACUCUCAGCUAUCGAGUCGUUGGCUGGAGUGGAGAUUCUCUGUUCAGACAAAACGGGAACACUCACUCGAAACCGACUGACACUGGGUGAUCCGUACAUAGCCCCUGGAAUGAGUGCAGGAGAGCUUAUGCUGACUGCAUGUCUUGCGGCAAUUCGAAAAAAGGGCGGGAUCGAUGCUAUCGACAAGGUCUUCCUUAAAGGUCUCCGCCACUACCCGUGGGCCAAAUCUCAGAUCGCCUUGUUCAAAACUCUUGAUUUUUCUCCAUUUGACCCGGUUUCAAAGAAGGUCACAGCACACGUGCAGUCAGUGAAUGGUGAAAAGAUGAUCUGCGUAAAGGGUGCUCCUAUGGCCAUCCUGAGAACAGUGGAGAAGGAAACAUCUCUGUGCGAUCCGUUUUUCAAGGAGUAUGAAGCAAAGGUUACCGAGUUUGCCAGUCGAGGAUUCCGUGCACUCGGAGUUGCCCGCAAGCGUCAAGGACAGCCAUGGGAGAUUCUGGGAAUCAUGCCAUGCAUGGAUCCCCCACGCUAUGACACUGCUAAGACAGUUUUCGAGGCCCAAGGCCUGGGUCUCUCUAUCAAGAUGCUCACUGGAGAUGCAGUGGCAAUUGCACGCGAAACAGCACGUAGACUCGGCCUCGGAACCAACAUUUACAAUGCUGAACGGCUUGGUGUCACUGGUGCCGGCUCUAUGUCUGGCUCGGAGGUGAAUGACUUUGUUGAGGCUGCCGACGGCUUCGCUGAAGUCUACCCCCAGCACAAGUACAGUGUGGUUGAGAUCCUCCAGCGACGAGGCUAUCUAGUGGCAAUGACUGGCGACGGUGUGAACGACGCUGCUUCGUUGAAGAAGGCAGACACUGGUAUUGCGGUAGAGGGCGCAUCCGAUGCGGCCCGCUCUGCUGCUGAUAUUGUUUUCUUGGCAUCUGGUCUUUCCACAAUCAUCGAGGCAAUCAAGAUCGCUCGUCGAAUCUUCCACCGCAUGUACUCAUAUGUGGUGUUCCGGAUCGCGUUGUCCAUUCAUCUGGAGCUCUUUUUCGGACUCUGGAUUGUGAUCAAGAACGAAAUCCUCGACCUCCGCCUGGUUGUUCUCCUUGCUAUCUUUGCCGAUAUUGCAACCUUGGCCAUUGCGUAUGACAAUGCAACUUAUUCCCAGUCACCUGUCAAAUGGAACCAGCCAAGACUCUGGGGAGAAUCAAUUGUUUUAGGGUUCAUUCUAGCGGUCGGGACCUGGGUGACGUUGGGCACCAUCCUGUUGCAAGGCGAGGAAGGAGGCGUUAUCGAAGGCUGGGGUUCGCGAGAUGAGGUCUUGUUCCUGGAGAUUUCUCUGACCCAAAGCUGGUUGAUUCUGAUAACUCGCGUCAAUGGAUCCGGAUCCGGCUCAUUCUGGGCCAACUGUCCAUCGUUUUACCUUCUCGCUGCCGUGGGUUCUGUCGAUCUGACUGCAACCUUGAUGGCCGCAUACGGUGCCUUCGGUCAAGCCACAUCCUGGUUAACCGUCCUCCGCGUGUGGAUUCUUUCCUUUGGGGUGACAUGUGUCAACGCGCUGGCUUACAUUUUGAUGCAUAACUCACAAAGGUUCGACAACCUUAUGCAUGGCAAAGGUCCUCGAAAGAGAGACAGAGAGCGCUCAUGGGAAGACUUCGGUCUUGACAUGCAGCGAAUGGCCAAACAGCAUGAGAAGAGCAGUUAG